CACACGUUUAGAUGAACACGAUGCAAGGCUACUUAUCACAAGAGUCCCCAGAAUGGAACAUUGACAUGGCGACUCCGCUGCAAGCUCUUCUCUCACAGAACUUUCACCAGAAGAAGCUAGUGUCUAGGAUCGAUGGCAUAUGCAAACUGAGUGCCAGCUAUCAACUUUGUUUGGCGCAAUGUCCACAAAAUCCAGCGAAGCGCAUCCUCCUUAGUGGGCAAAAGGCAUGGAACAUUAUAUGUUACGACUUCAGAAAUGACUCAGACUUCCGCAAAUUUGUUGUGCCAUGUUGGUCGAAGCAGGGCUUGACGCUGACAGAGCAGUGCUCCUCUCUGGCACGGACUCUUCACUUGGAAAUGAUUCAGCUCAUGGAAGGAGGCUUGGACAAUUUGAGACAGGGUAUGGACACACUAUGCAGGAGCGUUCAUUCUUACGAUAGCUGCUUUAUAAUGAAGAGUCAUGAGAGCUGCGGAGUAAAGGCUGCAAAGUUCCUUGUCAAGCUGACCCACCAAACAUCACACGCUCUGGUUGACCUGCUGGAUGAGGUGCUAGGUGUUAGAGACUUGCCUAGAAGUUGUCUCGACUGGCUGGUGCACAACUAUGCCUCAAAAUCGGGACCAAGAGGUAUUGCCAAACGUAUGAAGACUUCCAGAAGAACUUCCUUAGUCAUGGUGCUUCUUGUUGUGAUCUGCUACAACAUAAUUUUUUGUGUGAAUCAACUGCUUUGAAGUUCAUGCUGGUCAUAUAACUCAGUAUGUGAACUGCACAUAAGCCGCGUAACCCUGCGACGUUUUAUAUAGAUU